UCAGCCAAUACACGUGUGAACGCAGUAGAUGGGUGGGCGUGGGGCUUUGAAGCGGCGGCGCUGUCGAGACCCAACUACUAGAGAACCGAGCCAACUGUAACCUACGUGUUUAGCUUCUACUUCUCCUGGCCUCAGCCCUCAUGCCGCAUACCCGCUCAUAACUAGAUUGAUUCAUCCACCCAUUACCAACGUAGCUAGGAGGUGGACCACUCAUCGGUGGCAGUAUCCACGGUCCACGCCAGUAUUGAAUCGGCCUACACGAUGCGCUCUACGGCAAGUCUAGCAUCUGCGCGGAUUUUACGCUCCUACCCACGUUUGCUCGAUGCAGCAUCGACGUGGUUGUUCCCUGGAGGAAUAGUGAGUAUGCGCAGUCUCUCCCGCAGCAUGCUGCAACCGGAGGACUACGUGCACGUGCUGGGGCCGAAACUGUCGCCGCUGGACGAGCUGCGGUCCGUGUGCCACGCCACGGGCCAGGAGGACGCCUUCUACCUGUGCAACGUGGACGACGUGGUGCACAAGAUGGAGCUGUGGCGCCAGCUGCUGCCGCGCGUCCGCCCGCACUACGCCGUCAAGUGCAACGCCAGCCGCGUCGUCCUCAACACGCUGGCCGCGCUCGGGGCGGGCUUCGACUGCGCGUCCAAGGGCGAGAUCGAGGAGGUGCUGAGCCUGGGCGUGGACCCGAGCAGGAUCAUCUUCGCGCAGCCGGCCAAGCCCGCGACGCACAUCCGCUUCGCGGCGGGCCGCGGCAUCAACCUGGCCACGUUCGACAACGAGGAGGAGCUGUACAAGAUGCGCGCGCUUCACCCCAAGUGCCGGCUGGUGCUGCGCAUCCGCUGCGACGCGGACGACGCCACCUACUGCCUGGGCAUCAAGUACGGCUGCGACGCGGAGAGGGACGCGCCGCGGCUGCUGCGCACGGCGCGCGACCUGGGGCUGCAAGUGGUGGGCGUGAGCUUCCACGUCGGCUCGGGCUGCAGGGAGGAGCACGUCUACCGCAGGGCGGUGCGCGCCGCCAGGCAUGUCUUCGACGUCGCCGAGGGUCUUGACAUCCGGGGCAUGAGGCUCCUCGACGUCGGCGGCGGCUACCCGGGUGACCCCGAGGCCGAGCCCGUCUUCCGCAAGAUGGCUGAGGCCAUCAACUCGAGCGUGGCCGAGUUCUUCCCCUCUCCCGACGUGGACGUCAUCUCGGAGCCCGGAAUGUACUUUGUGUCUUCCGCCUUCACCCUGGCCGCGAACGUACACUCCAAGAGGGAGGUGCGCAGUGAGGCCGGUGACCUGGAAAGCGUCAUGUACUACAUCAACGACGGCGCGUACGGCUCCUUCAUCGAAGCGGUCCUCGACACGAAACGGUUUCGUGGCGUUCCCCUUGAGGCCCACGGCGAGUCGUGCGACGCGGUGCCUAGUUCGGUGUGGGGCCCGACGUGCGACGGCACGGACAAGGUGGAGGAUGGCAAUCUGCUGCCGCCGCUGGAGUUGGGCAGCUGGCUGUUAUACCACAACCACGGCGCGUACACUGUUGCCCUGGCCACCGGCUUCAACGGCCUCCCUACCCCCAAGGUCCACGCCGUUGUGUCGACCAGCACAUGGUCACAGCUCCGCGACAGAGCUCCCUUCACGGAGAGCCACUUUGUGCCCAGCUUGGCCACCGGCCGCCGACACACGAGCGCCUCGCUGGCUGACCCGCACCCCUGCGUCUGACCCUGGCGCUACAGGGUAGGACACCUCCAUUCACCCGGCAGCACAAAAACUGGACAGAGGAGGGGAGAGCGAUGCUGCCAGACCAGUCCAAAUGAGGCUUAAGCAUACACCUCCAGUGCCUCAAUGAUGUCCCUUUAAACAAAGCAUACUGAUUUACACAACGCCCCAAAAAUAAGAAAAGAAGUAACAUGAUUACAGUCUUUAUUUCUUAAUGAAAAUAUCAUUACAUUUAACUAUUGAACAUGUA